AUGCCUAGGGCGCUAGGCUGUAAAAGGUGAAAUACGGCCAAACACACCCUCAGGCGGAGUCGGGCGUUUGUUUCUCUGUGGUGGCAGCGUUUUUGAAAUAAUGGUCCGCUCUCUGCUUCCUACCACCACCACCACCGCGCCUCUUUUCCCUGGCGGCCUUCACGACAUCGAUCUCUACCUUUCUCACUUUCCUCCCCUGAAGAAGGAGGUCGGAGAUGAAUUUCCAGCAGGUGUUACUUUGCGGGACAUGCUAUACCUGUUGAAAUGGCCGCCUCUUCUAGGAAAGGCACCACCCUGUCGUCUUGAGUUGCUGCUGUCUGCCCAGGGCUUUUAAAAGCAGGGGAGAAAGAAGAGAAGAGAAGAACGGCUAUGUUUGACUAGGUCAUUUUAUUCUGGACUUGCUCAGUCAGUUGCCCUGGGAAUGCGCUGAACAGGGGGGUACAAAAUGCCAAAAGGUUAACAACUAAGCAAUAGGAAAGUCUGCACCUGUUGAAUGCCUGCCUGUUGUGCAGCUUUCUGGAAAUGCAAGAAAUGUUGCCGGUGCAGCCUUUAUUUCUCAAGGCUGGCACAUGUCCUCAGCCCAGUAUUAUUGAAUUGACAAGACGGAAGAUGCCUAUACAUGAAUUGGUUUUAUGUGUGUAGAUCAGUGCACGCUGACCAACGCACAUUAUACCAUGUUUAUGGAAGACAAUCUUACUUGGCUACGAGUGAUCGCCAAAGAAGAAAGAUACCUGAAGGAGCGUCUCCACUCCCAUCAUUCAGCCCAGACAACUGAAGUCCAGCUCCAAGCGUCUUCUGGCGGUUCCCUCCCUGCGAGAAGUGAAGUUACAGGGAAUUAGGCAGAGGGCCUUCUUGGUAGUGGCUCCUUUCCUGUGGAACACCCUCCCCAUCAGAUUUCAAGGAAAUAAGUAACCAUACAACCUUUAGAAGACAUCUGAAGGCAGCCCUGUAUAGGGAAGUUUUUAAGGCUUGAUGUUUUUAUUAUGUUUUUAGAUAUGCUGUAAGCCACCCAGAGUGGCUGGGUAUAAAUAAGAUGAUGAUGAUGAUGAUGAUGAUGUCGUCGUCAGUGGGCCCUGUGUUGUCUGCUGUGACUCUCCAUGGUCUGAGCCUGAGGGCUUUCACACUCCUGAAAUCCUUUUAUAUCAGAGGUGAGGAGCCUAUGGCCCAACAUCAAAUAUGGGGCUGGCAGAGAUGUGCUGCUUUCCCUGCUUGGUAAAUAUAUCCCCGCCCCGCCCCGACACCUAGGGGCAAACUUUGAUAGGUAGGUGAGCAUAGCCACCUGGCAAUCACCUGAUGUAAUUUUGCAUUGCAAGGAAUUAGUGAGGCAUAUUCCUUUGUAGGCAGGCACCCUGGAAGACAAGUUGGGUAGAAGGGGCUAGGGACCACCCCAACAUUGGCCAGAGGGGUGAGUUCCAUUGUGGGAAAACCAGUUGUAAGUAAUAAAGAAAAGGGAGAGUUGCAGCCCACCUUCUAGCACCCAGACUGCCCCUUCUUACUUGUGGGAUCAUAGUUUUGCUGUGGAACGAGGAACCACAGACCAAGAAAAGCGGGCAGGACAAGCCCAGAAAAGUGAGCCUCUAGUUCUACAAGCCUCUAAUAAUAAAUGAAUCAUGUCUUUUCAGAACAGUUGGGAUGUCUUUUGCAAUUUAUUUUUAAUUUAGUGUUGAACUUUCUGUCUGUCACCAGUGUUCCAAUAUACCAAGUUUGCAAAUCUUUUAUCUCCCCUUUUCCUGUCCUAUCAAUAUCUCUUGAAAGCAUCACUGCUCCACAUAGUUUAAUUAUUAAUGUGUUUAAAGGUCUAUCUACACUAGGUGUCCGAGGCAACUAAAAAACAACAAAACAAAAAAUUUCAAUAUAAUAAAAAAUGUACAAAAGAUGUACAAAAAAGUGCAGGGGAAAUCAUUGGCUAAACCUAAGACCAGAGCUACCAAUCCAAUAGCAAGGAAAUAAUCGGGCCAACAGCUUAUCUAUGGAAGAAGGGGUGUAUUUAUUUAUUUAUUUAUUUAUUCCAUUUCCUCUUUCUCACUCUUAAGAACAUAAGAAGAGUCCUGCUGAAUAAGGCCAAUGACCCAUCUAGUCCAGCAUCCUGUUCUCACUGCCUGUGGGAAACCAGUGAGUAGGACCCAAGCACAAUAAUAUACUCCCUUCCAGUGGUUUCCAGCAACUGCUGUUCAGAGGAGUACUGCCACUGACCUUGGAGGCAGAGCCGAGCCAUCAUGACUAGCAGCUAUUGAGAGCCUUUUCCUCCAUGAGUUUGUCUAGCCCUCUUUUAAAGCCAUCCAAGUUGGUAGCCAUCACUGCCUGCUGUGGGAGCAAGCUCCAUCAUUUAAUUAUUUGCUGCAUGAAGAAGUACUUUCAUUUAUCUGUCACGAAUCUUCCAACGUUCAGCCUCCUUGGAUGUCCGUGAGUUCUAGUAUUAUGAGAGAGGGAGAAAAACUUUUCUCCACCUGCUUUUUCCAUGCCAUGCAUCAAUUUAUAAAUUUCUAUGAACUAUAAAGCCCCAAAUGCUGCCAACUUUCCUCAUAGGGGAUUCUUCACCAUAAGGAUUCCAGAGUGGGUUUACAAUAAUAUAAUAAAACUGUAUUCAAAUCAGUUAAAACCGUUCACAGCAGAGAAAUAAAAGGAGGGUCCUAUCAAUAUAUCUCAGCUGUCAAAGGUCAGAGUUAAGAGGUAGUUCUUUAGCAUAUGAGAAAAGCUAUUCAUAAAUGUGCCAGAUGUACCUCUGUUGGGAAGGAACUUUACAACUUAGGAACUGAUGCAGAACCAUCUUCUGGGUUACCUACCCCACACCCAAAAGUCCUAGGGCAGUGGAGCUACCAAGAGGGCCCCAUCUGCCAAUCUUAGCACUGAAGAAGUUCUUUAGGGAAGCAGUCUUCCAGAUAUAUGUGGUCUAAGUCAUUUAGGGCUGUAAACACUAAUGUGAGCAACCGUGAAUUGAACUGGCUGUCUUCACCUACUGCAGAAAACAAGACUUCAGUAGAAGGUUGGCUCCAAAAGAAAAGAAAAAAACCAGGCUAAUUAUGGUAGGUAGGGGGCAUAUUCCAGGAAUCUCAGUACAUGGAGAUGAUUAACCUCUUCCCAUCUACGCUUCCUCCCCUGUAAAUGACCACAUCACACACCCAUUAUUAGGCUUGAAACAAGCUUUCUAUGUUAGGUUUCCUCAUUAGGGUCUGAACUGGGGACCCUGCAGUUACAAUUUGUGUUCAGUAAAACUUGCACUUAGCACAGAUCUGGAGCCAGGCUAUAACUUGGUUGGCCCUGAGUUCCAGUCUAGUUUUACUGUGCAAGUGUUUUCAAAUCCACUUCAAUGCCUCUUGACAUGAAAGCAUAGACGCCUGGAAUCACAAAUGGAAAAAGACUGUUAGGAAAAUUCUCUAGCCAGUUGGUUGUGUACUGGAUCCAUCUUGGGUUUUUUUGCUUAAAGAAAUUAAACCACCCAACAAUUUACAAUCAAUAAUACAAAACAUAUGAUGCCAUCAGCAAAUGUUGGACAUUAGCACCCCCUGGUGUUACAUCUUGGUAACGUCAAAAGAAAUAUUUGUGGUUGUGAAACAUCUUUAGCAACAACAUACUGUUUUUACACAUAAAAACAAAUAAUAGAAGUAUUUCCUGGAGAAGGAAGGCAUCUGCUAUGUCAAAUCAUUUUGUGCUUCUUCCAUCCCCAGUCUCCAAACAGACCUAGGUUUCCCAGUCGUACAAUACAGUCCUGUGUGUGUUAUACUAUUAUUCCUUACAUUUACAUUUAUACAGUGGUACCUUGGGUUACAUACGCUUCAGGUUACAGACUCUGCUAACCCAGAAAUAGUACCUCGGGUUAAGAACUUUGCUUCAGGGUGAGAACAGAAAUCGUGCUCCGGCAGCGUGGCAGCAGCAGGAGGCCCCAUUAGCGAAAGUGGUGCUUCAGGUUAAGAACAGUUUCAGGUUAUGAACGGACCUCCGGAACAAAUUAAGUUCUUAACCUGAGGUACCACUGUAUUCCAUCCCCUCUUAAGGAGUUCAAGGCAAUACACAUGAUUAUUCCCACCAUAUACUCACAAAACAAACCUAUGGUGUAGGUUACGCCAAGAUACAGUACAUGGCCCAGGAUCACCCAGUGAGCUUCAUUGCUAAACAGGGAUUUGUACCUGGGCCUUCCCAGUUCUAGUCUCACAUGCUAGCUACUGCACUAGAUUCAGUGGCUUUAAUGUUGUUUACUCUCAAAUAAGUGUGCAUGAUAUCACUGUAGCCUUAAGGUGUGUUUCUGGGUUUUUAACAGCUGUACGGCAGGAAGGGAUUUGGCUAGUGUGGUUUUACCUGCCAGUAAAAGUAAUAUGCUUAGAUCCCUACAUGUGUUCCCCAUCGUAAUGGCUAUUCACUCAGCACUGUGUUUAGUCUUUGCACCUUCAACAGGUAUCAGAAAACAAAUAAUGUAACUUUUCAUUUAAGGCAAAGUUUCUAGACCUCAUGACAGUAGAGAAAAGCUUGGAAAUGCGUAAGUUGUAUCUGCUGCUGAAAUUUCAAGGGUGGGUGUUUGGGGACGUCUUCUCCUAUGGCUACUACUUCCUCUCCUUUAUGUGUUUUACAGAAGCAGUUCCCUCUGUUCUCAGUUCCAAUUUUGAACUGUUUUCAAGACAUGCACGCGCGCGCGCACACACACACACACACACAGUGUGUGUAAUGUGGGCGUACCCACAAUCUUUUGACUCUAGUGGGAUAAAAAUAUAUUUCCUCUGAAACACAUCUCCAUAAAAUGCUUAUCUGCUAUCCAGCCAAAAACUUAUUUAUUAGUAGGAUGGGUAUUUUGCUUCUGUUCAUACAAGCUUAGUGUUCUUUGUAAUUUAAUUUAUUUAUUCUCUUACAUUUAUAUACCAACUUUCCUCUAAGGAGCUCAAAGUAGCACACAUGUUUUCUCCCUUUCUCAAUCUAAUCCUCACAAAAACCCUGCAAAGUUGGCUAUGCUGAGUUCUGUGAUUGGCCCAAGGUCAUGGCUGAGCAGGGAUUUGAACCCCAGUCUCUCAAACCCUGGCCUAGAUUGACACUUUACACCACACUGGCUCUGUUUGUUUUUGUUUGUUUCUUAGGCAAAAGGUGGGUAAGGGUAAAGGAUUCCGCUUCCCAUAAGAGAUUCCUGCCCUCUUAGAAUCAAGGGCUGCUCAGCCCACCUACCCCUGACAACAGGACAAAAACAACAACAGGGUUUUCUGCUCUGAAAACAAAUACCAUAAUGCUAGCUACUGUGCUGUUGACAGCAGCCUGCUUCUCUGGGUCAUUGCUUGUGCCCCGGGAGUGCCCAGGGCAACAGUUCCAUCAAGAAAGAAGCUGAACUGCUACUCUGCCAAGAGUGGGACAGUACAACUGUGUUAUUCUCCCAACCCAGAGGUCACUGGAUCAAAACUGCUUCUGGUUUCUGGUGCCAGCUUUCUGCUUUACUGUGAAAUCUCACAAAGCAAAUAGUGGCCCUUCUUCUGGCUAUUCAAACUGUCCCCUCCCACCACCGUCCAUUUUAAAAGAACAAAUUUUUGCCUUUCUCUGGAAACAAGGCACAGAGUGGAGCAAGGGCAAACAGCUUCCUGCUCUGUCAGCACAAUGACCCAGCCGGGCACUUUCGUGUAUUGUCAGCAGACUUGAAGGAGGAAAUUCUAAUUUCGUUAGAAUGACAGGGCAUGGCAAAACAACAGGGAAGACGAAUCUAUAGAAUUAAAGAGAUCUCAUGGAAGUUAAGGUUCCCAGAAAACUGAACAGAGCUUAUUGCAGUUCUCGCUCUUCUUGCUUUGUGCAGAGUGCAAAUGUGUCUACAUACCCUCCAACAUUUAAAAGUUUGAGGAGAGCUGUGGCUCAGUGGUAGAGCAGCUGCUUGAUAUACAUGCAGAAGGUCCCUGUGAGGUUGGGAGAGGGCCCUGUCUUAAAUCCUGGAGAAGCUGCUCCCUGUCAGUAUCAACCAUACUAAGCUAGAUGGACUGAUGAUCUGACUUUGGUACAAGGUAGCUUCCCAUGUUCUUUCCUAAGAGUCUGAAGCCUUUCCCCCUUAGUGUCUUCCACACAAUCACACUGAGGGAGAGAUUUGGGGUGCACCCCUGCCCCUGCCCCCUGCUGUUGCAUCUCCCACUGCCCUGUGGGUGGGGGCGAGGAAUGUCUGUAAAGAGGAACCUUGCUGAACAUAGCAGACUCGACCUACGAUGUGCACAAUCAGUUUCCCCAAAGGGUCAGCCAAAAUCUACCCUCCUGUAACUUAAGCCCAUUAGAGUAAAUGCUCCCUUUCUGGGUCAGCAGAGUACAGGUUUGACUUAUUCUAUGUGACAGCCAUUCCCUGCUCCAGACCAAAUGUACCCUGUUUUUCUUCACCCUUUCCUAACUGUGUGUUGUGUGCUUCUGACCACAUUCUCUUAAGUUGUCUACAUCCUUAAAGUGUUGCAUUCAGAAUUGAAUGCAGUAUUCCAGAUGAGAUCACUUCAAUAAUCUGUCCUCUGUUGAUUUAAUAAACCUCGGCGUUUGCUCUUUAGGUUAAAUAUAUUCUUGCAAAAAUCAACUCGAGUCUUGCAGAUCCUUAAAGCCUCAACAAAACUCUUAUGGCAUAAACUACUUUACAAAUGUCAAUAAAGAGUAUUGCCAUUGACAAUUCAGAGCUUAAAUGUAUGCAAAACGAACACGACAUUUCAAAACAGGAAUUGGUGUUAAAACAAUCAGCGCUGCUGAGUAAAUUCAGUGGAACAAGAAACCGUUGUCUGUAUUCAGAUCUAAAUUAUUCAACUUAUUGAGAAGCUGGAGUUGUAAUUUUGCAGUUUCAUGCUGGAAUUUCCAUUUGAAGUUCCUCCAGAAAUGUAUUUCAGCAGUUGCAGGAUGGAAUAUGACAAGCUAUGUACUACGUGGCAAGGUAUUGUUCAUGUACAGUAAUUUAGUUGUGUGUCAACUAGAGACAUGAUGGAUUUGUUUUGUGAGAUAUGUAUCUUACCUUUCCACCAAGUGGUGUCCAAGGUGGUUGUUCCCCUGUGCAGCUGUCCUCCUACUCAGAGACUAAAUAGUUAGAGAGACCAGAAGAAUAAAAACUCUAGUAAUUCACACAAAUUGUAGUAAAGCAACACCCUAACGCAAAAUGCACAGACAUAGACACAUAUGUACACACAUACAAACCAGAAGGUGGUCAUUAAAACCACUUGUAACAGAAAGAACAUGAACCCGAGUUAGCUUAUUUCCUCCUCUCUCCGAAUCCAUUUUCCUUUUGUGUCAAGGCUUUUAAAAAUUAUAAGCUCAAGGAUUGGGGCUGUCCUUUUUUUAGUGGUUAGUCAUGGUGGGAGCCUUUUCUGGCUGAAAGGUGAAAUAAAGAUAAUUUAAAUAAAUAAACAAAAUAAGUUGCCUUCUGGUUUGAAGGAUAUAUUCUAAGUAUCAUCUGUCUCAAACCUUUCCUUUUAGGUGAAGGUUGUUGGACACCUGUAUAUACAGAUGUUCUCCAACCAGGGAUACUCUUACACCAGGAAUAUUCUCAUACGUUGAGAGAGGUAAAUCACAGAUAUUUGCAAGCUGCUCUGGGAGCUCUAUUUCUGAUAAAUAAUGUGUGUGUGUGCGUGCGAGCGCGCACGUGCACACACACACACACACACACAAAAUGCAGCAGAGGAACGCAUCCAUAGCUUUGGAAUUGUCACCAUGUACAAAAAGGGGUGGGGGACAUAAUGACAACCAAAACCAUCUCAAUUCCUGAAGCAGGAUGGGUUUUAAUGGGUUGGAGGGAUAAAUUGCAAUUAAUAUAUCCUCUCCUGCCCAUUAAAACCCAUCCCACAAAGGUUAUGGGCUCAGUACUGUGUAGGAAUACAGAUUUUGUAUUUUGUAGAGAUUUUUUGAAGUUGUUGCCUGAGUCUUUCUAAAGUGGGGUGAGAAGGAGGAGGAGGAAGCCAGAUUACUUCUGGACUUGAUCAAAAACCUAAUUCCUGUGCUUUUAAUUUUGGAACUCUGCACAACUUGUCACACAGGUGUGAGCCUGGCGGGAUAGACUGCAAUUAAUAUAUCAUCUAUUAAAACCUAUCCUGCACCUUAGGCGUUUUCUCUCUUUUAAAACGAACGAAUCGAAAACGCAGGAACCCCACAAGAAAAUCCCCUCUUUUCUGCGCGCCGCCGAGGGAGGAGGGGAAUCAGGCGAAAAUGGCUCUCAGGACUGAAAACCGAAAGCUACUUUCGCAAUCACGUGGCGCUGCGGAGAAGGGCGAAGAGGCUCCGUUUUGCGGCACGCCGGAGAGGAAGAAGUAGUCUGGACGGGGGUCUCGGAACAAAAGCGAUUCUGACAGGUGGGUGCUUGGUUGCGGGGUGCAACGAGGGGCUCCCUCCCCCGCACUCCGAAAGGAGAUCCUUCCUGGACUUCCGCAUUCCAGAUCCCAAGCGGGAGACUUUUCAAGCUGGCCAAGCCGCAAACCCCGUUUGGCAGGGAUCCCGAAACGGCAGCUCAAGCCCCGUUGAGGCGCGUUUACUUGGAAGUAAAUGCAUGACUGCACGGAAUUCAGCAACGCCGGUUUCGGUGGGACCGGCCUCUAGUUCCUAUAUUAUUGGGUUACAGCCAAACCAUGCAAACAGGCCCGUUGCGCGGGGCUUUUGCGGUCUUCCUUUCUUCUUGCUUAUAGAAUCAUAGAAUUUGUAGACUUGGGACCACGAGGGUCAUCUAGUCCAACCCCUGCAAUGAAGGGAUCUUUGAGCUUAAUCCAGCCCCGGACUCAUGGGAGGAGGCGUUGCUGGGUUUGUUUCUGGCCUGAUACAGUAAGGGGCUCUUUGUGUUCCUGAAGAUCGGAAGCACUUUGAAAAGGCUUCUAAAAAGAUCAAGGAUCAAAGUAACGCGCUGUCUUUCUUCGUCUCUCUCAAACACACACACACACACACAUACACACAAUCGCUGUCAGCCACUCUCCAUCAAGGACAAGCUCUAAGAUAAAGGUAAAGGGACCCCUGACCGUUAGGUCCAGUUGUGCCCGACUCUGGGGUUGCGGCGCUCAUCUCGCUUUACUGGCCGAGGGAGCCGGCUUACAGCUUCCGGGUCAUGUGGCCAGCAUGACUAAGCCGCUUCUGGUGAACCAGAGCAGCGCACGGAAUCGCCGUUUACCUUCCCGCUGGAGCGGUACCUAUUUAUCUACUUGCACUUUGACGUGCUUUCAAACUGCUAGGUUGGCAGAAGCAGGGACCGAGCAACAGGAGCUCACCCCAUCGCAGGGAUUCGAACCGCCGACCUUCUGAUCGGCAAGCCCUGGGCUCUGUGGUUUAACCACAGCACCACCCGCGUCCCCAAACUCCCCACCCGACCGCUUGAACAUUGCUGAGGGACUUGGCGGACCACUUAAUGAUUUUUCUGCCUGUUGUAGCAAGUUGUAUGCAGUGCUAGGGGCUGUGCGCUUUUGAAUUGUGUUUUUGCAGGCACCACCACCUGAAUGAAGCUCAUGGUGGUCUGCAAACUAGAGUUUGGGGUCCCCUUCUAAAGCAAACAAUCUCUCUCUCUCUCUCUCUCUCUCUCUCUCUCACACACACACACACACACACAGCUUUUCUCUUCCUACAGCCUUGCAGCUGUGUUGCAGUGACUCAUUAUCCUGCCACUCCCUUCUCUCCCGCCAUCAGAUUUCAUUGUGACAUCCUCCCCUUUACUCUCCUGCUCCCACAGUUCCCCCAUGGGUACUCAAAGACCUCUCAUCGUGCCCUGGCUAAUAGAACAGUUGGACGCCCGGCGGUACCCGGGGCUGUCAUGGCUGAACCCAGAACGGACCCUGUUCCGAGUGCCGUGGAAACACGGCUCACGGCAGAAUAUUUGCGACGAGGAUUUCCAGCUCUUUGAGGUAAUCUUGUAGUGUUUCCUUUGGUGUGUGUCCCACAUCGCAUCCCACCUUCCUCAACCUGAUGCCCUUCAGCUGUUUUGAACUACAACUCCCAUCGUCCCAAGACAUGCUGGUUGGGCUGCUGGGAGUUGUAGUUCAAAAUGUCUUCAGGGCGUCAAGUUGGGGAAAGCUGGGGAAGAGGUUUCCUUCGUGUUUUAACUGUAACGUUCUGGAAUAGCUGUGGGAGGUGGGCGGGAUGAAUGGGGUUCAAGGGAGAGCAAAACAAAUUAUUACUACAGUGGUACCUCGGGUUACAGACGCCUCAGGUUACAGACUCCGCUAACCCAGAAAUAGUACCUCGGGUUAAGAACUUUACCUCAGGAUGAGAACAGAAAUCGCAUGGCGGCAGUGGGAGGCCCCAUUAGCUAAAGUGGUACCUCAGGUUUAGAACAGUUUCAGGUUAAGAACGGACCUCCAGAACGAAUUAAGUUCUUAACCCGAGGUACCACUGUAUUAUUAUUUACUGAACGAAGCAGCAGACGCUAGCUUGGUGUCAAGAAGGUUUCUGCCCUUCCUUCCCCAAUGAUCUUGCGUUGGCUUCCCCUCUGCCUUGCACCAUCCACAAAGAGAGAUAGGAUACUGGAUCCCACAGGGCAUUCGCUUCCCUCCCAAGAUUUACUUUCAAAAUAUUUGGUGAGGACGCCUCUGAGGAUGGUUCAGAAACUUCAGCUAGUGCAGAAUUCAGAUUGCUCACCGGAGCAAGACGGUUUGAGCAUAUUACACUGAUCCUGGUCUGACUGCACUGGCUACCAAUUACCGUAUUUUUCGCUCUAUAGGACGCACCGGACCACAAGACGCACUUAGUUUUUAGAGGGGGAAAUCAAGAAAAAAAAUAUUAUUUCCCUCCCCAGCCCCAAAGAGCAGCAGACAGGCUGCACGCAGCCUGUCCGCUUCUCCCAGAGCUUCUCGGGGCUGUGGGGGAAGUCCGGGUUUCCCCCCAGCCCCAAAGAGCAAAGAAGCCAAGACAGCGAGCGGGAUGGCUUCUGCCAUAGGCGCGCAACCUCUCCAGCCGGGAGCUAAACCUCUCCAGCGCAGCUAAAGAAGCGUGGCUAAAGAAGCCAAGGCAGCGAGCGCGAUCCAUCCCGCUCGCUGCCUUGGCUUCCUCUUUAGCCUUGUGCAACCUCUCCCAGCUGGAGAGGCUGCGCGCGGCUAUGGCAAUUCCCCCACCUCCCGCAAAAGCCCACAGGAGCCGCACACCCUUUAAGGAGCGCACGGCUCCUGUGGGCUUUUCUACGAGGGAGAAGGGACUGACUGGCUGUGUCAGUCCCUUCUCCCUCCUGGGGAAAAGCCCGCGAGAGCCACGCGAAGCUUGUGUGCGGCUCUUGGGGGCUUUUCCUGCCUGCCUCCCCCCUGCAUUUGCUCCAUAGGACACACAGACUUUUCCCCUUAGUUUUUAAGAGGGAGAAAGUGCGUCCUAUGGAGCGAAAAAUAAGGAAGUUUCUGGGCCCAAUUCAAAGUGCUGCUUUUGACCUAUAAAGCCUUAAACGGCUCAGGACUGCAAUGCCUCAAGGACCGCCUCUUUCCAUAUGAACCUACCCAGACCCUGAGAUCAUCUUCUGUGGCCCUCCUUCGUGUGCCCCCUCCCUGAGAGGUCCGGAGGGUGGCAACACGAGAACGGGGCCUUCUCUGCAGUGGCUCCCCCUCUGUGGAAUGCUCUCCCCAGGGAAUUCGCCUAGCGCCUUCAUUAUACACCUUUAGGCACCAAGCAAAAACAUUCAAUUUUAACCAGACCUUUGGUUGAUCUGAUUUAAAAAAAAAAUUGGGGGGGGGCGCUAUUGUUUUUAUUUUUAUUAGGUAUUUUGUGGUUUUAUAUCUUGAUUUUAUUCUGUGAAGCGCCUUUAUACCCCCGGGUAUAUAAAUUCAAUCAAUAAUAAUAAUAAUAAUUUGUGUAAAAGGUUAUGGGAUUUCAGCAGGAAAUUACGGGAUAACCACUGAUUGGAAACGAAGCAGUGUGUGACUUCCCUGGGCCACAUCAUGAACACAAAUCACUCAGAAUGUGCAGUAAAAUCUGGAGGGACCUUCAGUUUUGUGGCAGGUCAGAGAGUCCUGGGGGCGGCUGACCUAAAUCCAUCUGUCAAGAUGAUACAAGGGUUGAAGGAGGGAAAGAGUUGACCAUGAGCCUUUCAGAUAGACUGUCUUUAUGGGUGAGCAGGGUGCUAUAGCUGGGCUUAGAAGUCUGCUGUGUGGGGGUAUGAAACUUCUGUAAAGGUAAAGGGACCCCUGACCAUUAGGUCCAGUCGUGGCCCACUCUGGGGUUGCGGCGCUCAUCUCGCUUUACUGGCCGAGGGAGCCGGCGUACAGCUUCCAGGUCACAUGGCCAGCAUGACUAAGCCGCUUCUGGCAAACCAGAGCAGUGCACAGAAAUGCCGUUUACCUUCUUGCUGGAGCAGUACCUAUUUAUCUACUUGCACAGGCAUGCUUUCAAACUGCUAGGUUGGCAGGAGCAGGGACCGAGCAACGGGAGCUCACCCCGUUGUGGGGAUUCGAAACGCCAAUCUUCUGAUUGGCAAGUCCUAGGCUCUGUGGUUUAACCCACAGCGCCACCCACACCCCUGUGAAAUCUCCCUACCUAACUGCUUUCUUUCCAGGACUGGGCCAUUGCCAGAGGCCGCCAUCGCCCAGGCAUUGACCAGCGGAUGCCCUCCGAGUGGAAAAGGAACUUCCGCUCAGCCCUGAACCGGAAGGAGGGGAUCCGCAUGUUUCAGGAUAACAGCACAGACUCCGAAGACCCCCACAAGGUGUUUGAAAUCCUGCAUGCCCCAAGUAGGUAGAUCGGACAGAACAGAGGGCUUCCAAUGGGGAUCACUAGGCAAAAGAUGCGAGAAGGAGCCAAGGAUCAGACCAAGAAUCUCCUCUUUUUGUAAUCUUGUAGAUCUGAAUGACUCUGCCCAGGGGGCAGCAGUCGGUGAUGUUUCACCUACCCUGUCUGGGAGCACGGGAUUGUACGGAGGCAGUUCUUCCUCUUCUCAGGUCAGUGCUUCUACUUUCCUCCCUGUCCCAGUCCCUGCAGCCAUGGGAUGGGGAAGUGGAAAGAAGAAGCAGAGCAGCCUGUAGGGGAGACACCAGGGGGAGGAGGACAGGGAAAGAGGAAUAAACAGUCUCUGUCCUGUCCUUCAGGGCGAUACCCUGGAGAGCAUGCUGAGUUCCCUGGAAUAUUGCAGCCCCGCAGAAGGUGAGUGAUCCAGGAUACUGGAAAGGGAUUGGUUCGGAUGCUGCAGGAAAUAGGUGAGGUAUAAAUGCAUCAAAUAAAUGAAUAAAUAUAAUAAAAACAUGGAGAAGAAAUGAAGGGGAAAUUCUAAAUCAAGCCACGUUCAACACUCAGGCCACCAAGCUUAGUUUACUUAGUUUUGCUUAUUUUAUAUAUAGAUGCUCACUUUUCUCGGAGACAUCUGAACAGAGAAUCUUGGGGGCCGGUGACCAUAUGCAUCAUGGAAGUAGUCUGUCCCCCCCUACUCCAAAAAAACACACCCUGGCACCCUUCUUCUGCAGCUGCUCUCAUAUUAACUUUUGACACAGCUCCAUCAUUAGAGAGAACAUGUAAGAUUGUGUUCCAUCUUUCUGCUGAGCAGCGUUACACUUCUUGUCUUUUUGAGUCAGCACUGGGAUGGAGCUGGGAAUGGUAAGCUGUACUCCCCCUCCAAAGGUUGCUAGACUAUAACACCCAUCAUGCUUAGCUAUUGCCGUGCUGGCAGGGGCUGGUGGGAACUGGAGUCCAACAACUGCUAGAGGGCCACAGGUUCCCCACUCUGUAGUCAAGUAAUUAGGGGUUUCACAUACCAUUUUAAUCUGGUUUUCACUGCAUAGUUUUGUGCAUAUGUAUUUUUUCUUUUUGAUUCAGCUGUCCCGAGCCUGUGCUCCAUGUAUCAGAUGGGAUGUAGAGAAGAAAGUUGUGAGAGUGCUGCUGGUGAAUGAAAUUCUCUUUUCUACCUCCCACCCCACACCUAGAAUCUGUUUUCUUUCCAGAUCUGGAAAGAGGAGUCCUGCAUUCCAGCCCUAUAUUGCCCCAUUCCCUCCAAAACCACAACCAAAGAACCUUUGACCAUUAGUAGCUUCUGCCGUAAUGUACCAGGCAUUUCUAAUGCCCCAGAAAUUCCAGAAUUUUGGCAUUCUCAGGCAUUCAUUCUAGAUCCACCUCUUUCUGUGUGCGCCUGCCGAGUAUCAAAUUUUCUUUUUUUGUUGUUGUUCUUCUGAAAUACCUUGUUUUUGCUGCCAGGAGCAGAGAAUCUAGCUUGCAUUGGAGGCCUGCCCCCAUUCAGCUUGGAUAUGAAUCUACCUGUAAUCGCAGAGCCACAGCUGGAUCAGAUACUGGGAGCUGAUACGUUUGGUGAGCUUCUUGGAUCUAGAGGAAAUAUUGUCAGGGCCAAGCCGAGAUUGCAGCCAUUAUCCCUUUCAUCUAGUGUGGGAGGAACCAAAGGUAGAUCUUCUAUGUGCUUUGUGGUAGAUCGGCAAGGCUUCCCGACUCCCAGUUGCUGAACAGCAACAAAAAACAGUUCCCAUCUCCUUAGGAACAAUCUAGUAGAUUUUUGUUCUGAAAGUAGCGGGAAUUGCGGCGUUGUCAGGCUCCCUCUCUCUGCCAGUCUAGCAGUUUGAAAGCAUGCCAGUUUAUGUCGAUAAAUAGGUACCCAGCUCUACCUCUCUUUCAAAUCAGAACCAGUGAAGGUCCUGUGUGAGUGUCUGGAGGCGGUUGGAGGAUGGAUGGUGGCUAACAGAUUGAGGUUGAAUCCUGACAAGAGAGAAGUACUGUUUUUGGGGGACAGGAGGUGGGCGGAUGUAGAGGACUCCCUGGUCCUGAAUGGGGUAACUGUGCCCCUGAAAUACCAGGUGCGCAGCCUGGAAGUAAUUUUAGACUCACAGCUGUCCAUGGAGGCACAGGUCAAUUCUGUGUCCUGGGCAGCUGUUUACCAGCUCCAUCUGGUACGCAGGCUGAGACCUCGCCAGAGUGGUGCAUGCUCUGGUUAUCUCUCGCUUGGACUACUGCAAUGCACUCUAUGGGGGGCUACCUUUGAAGGUGACCCAGAAACUACAACUAAUCCAGAAUGUAGCAGCUAGACUGGUGACUGGGAGCGGCUGCUGAGACCACCGGUCUUGAAAGACCUACAUUGGCUCCCAGUAUGUUUCUGAGCACAAUUCAAAGUGUUGGUGCUGACCUUUAAAGCCCUAAACAGCCUCGGUCCAGUAUAUCUGAAGGAGCGUCUCCACCCCCAUUGUUCUACCCAGACACUGAGGUCCAGCACUGAGGGCCUUCUGGCAGUUCCCUCACUGCAAGAAGCCAAGUUACAGGGAACCAGGCAGAGGGCCUUCUUGGUAGUGGCACCCGCCCUGUGCAACGCCCUCCCACCAGAUGUCAAAGAGAACUACUACCACCAGACUUUUAGAAGACAUCUGAAGGCAGCCCUGUUUAGGGAAGCUUUUAAUGUUUGAUGCAUUACUGUAUUUUAAUAUUUUGUUGGAAGCCACCCAGAGUGGCUGGGGAAGCCCAGCCGGAUGGGUGGGGUAUAAAUAAAUAAUUAUUAUUCUUACUGCUGCAGCAGGAAGGUAAAUGGCAUUUCUGUGCGCUCUGGUUUCCGUCACAGUGUCCCAUUGCACCAGAAGCAGUUCAGUCAUGCUGGCCACAUGACCCGGAAAGCUGUCUGUGGACAAACACCGGCUCCCUCGGCCCAAAAGCAAGAUGAUCGCCGCAACCCCAUAGUCGCCUUUGACUGGACUUAACCGUCCAGGGGUCCUUUACCUUUUUUUACCUCUCUCUCGAGUCUGUUUUUGUGUCUGUGUUGGGUAUCAAGUGCUUGCUUUUUUCUCUCCAACCAUGUUUAGCAGUAGCAGCAGAGAAUCCCGCUUUCUGUGGAGGCCUGCCCCCAUCCGAGUUGAAUCUAGUUCCACCCACAACUGCAGCAACUCCCCUGCAGAACCUCUUGAGUAGCUAUACUUUCGGUGAGCCCCUUUCGAUCUAAAAGAAGUAUCUGGUCCCCUUGGUGCUGCUGUGCUUUUAAGUACCGUAUUUUUCGCUCUAUAACACGCACCCGACCAUAACAUGCACAUAGUUUUUAGAGGAGGAAAAUCCGUAGGCAUGCCACCCGUAGGCAUUUCCUCCAUAACACGCACAGACAUUUCCCCUUACUUUCUAGGAGGAAAAAAGUGAGUGUUAUGGUGCAAAAAAUACGGUAGUAGAAAUCAGGGUGUAAAGUAGCAGGUGGAGAACUCCUUUGGCUCGGUGGGCCAGAUCUUUAUUCCCACCCACCCACCUAGGCCAACUUUGACAUCAGAUGAUUGGCAGGCGGGGGGAACCAUCUGACAAGUUGUGAAGAUAAAAUCGAUUGGCUUGUUGUUUAAUACAGUGGUACCUCGAGUUAAGUACUUAAUUCGUUCCGGAGGUCCGUACUUAACCUGAAACUGUUCUUAACCUGAAGCACCACUUUAGCUAAUGGGGCCUCCUGCUGCUGCCAUGCCGCCGGAGCACGAUUCCUGUUCUCAUCCUGAAGCAAAGUUCUUAACCCGAGGUACUAUUUCUGAGUUAGCGGAGUCUGUAACCUGAAGCGUAUGUAACCCGAGGUACCACUGUAUAUAUUUAGCCCAGUGAAAAUAGCUUGGAAGCUGGAGCUGAUAGCCAUCAUCCGUCUCGCUCAUGAUCUCUCCCCCCGAUGAAGGAAACCCUUAGUGCUCGUAUAUUUUGCCAAUCAGGUUGAGCUUAUAACCCAAAACCUUUCCCUCCCAUGUUGUUUUUGCUGCAUUGGCAUCACCAAAGUGACCUUCCUGGGGCAGAAGUGCCCAACCUCACAGGGCUGUUGUGAGGAUUAUAGGAGUGGGGAGCUAUGUAGACCACCUUGUGCUCCUUAGAGGAAAGGUGGGAUAUAAAUGCAUUAAUGAAUGAACAAUAUCAGUUGGGGAAGAUAGUCUGCAGUCCCUAUUGCACAUAGCUGGGAGUGAAUGCAAUGCCACAUACAGUCAUACCUCUUGUCACGUUUGCUUCAGGUUAAAUCUUUUCAGGUUGCGUCCCGCGAGUUACUUCCGGGUUUCGCCACUCGCGCAUGCGCAGCUGCUCAAAAUGAUGUCACGCGCAUGCGCAGAAGCGGCGAAUUGCGAUCCACACACGCACAGACGCUCAACCAGAGGUACCACUGUACUUUGGAGGACUUACGUAUAAGACUGUGCUGUUACACUGAAUGGGUGGUUUCUCUGGAAGAGGUUUGGCAAUUAAGCGGAAAUUUGCUGCUCUCUUUUUUCAGCGGUCGUUCCAGAAUGAUACUGGCUGCUGCACGAGCAGAGCAAUAAGUCGCUCUCCUCCUGGGGGAACAGCAAAGGCUGUGUCUCCUGCCGCUGGGAGACAGGAAGAGUGGGUGGUGUUUUGCACCUGGCUCCCCCAAACUAUCCCUCUCUCCUCCUCAGGGUCAGAUUUCGAGGUCCGAGUCUACUAUCGGGGUCGGCUGGUCCUCGCCGACGUGUUCAAGAACAUGCGAGGCCUGUGCUUCGUGCCUCCAGGCUCCCAGGGCUGCUACCGUGAUUUGGCAGACGUGGUCCUGCCUGACCCAGUCUGCUUGAACGACAGCCUGCAAGUGACCUACACUCAGCGCCUUCUGCGAGGCGUGGCUCCGGGGGUGGUUCUCCGUAUCGAGGGUAUGACUCUGUGUGGCAUGCGCCAAGGCCAUUGCCAUGUGUCCUGGAGCCACUCAGAGAUGCCUGAAGACGAGACGACUCACGGGGUUCUACCGAAGGAACAGUUGGGUCCCAUUUACAGUGUGCAGCAGUUUGUGCAAGGUAUGCAAGGGCUAUGUUGCCUGUCCCAUAAGGGCUCCUGGGUAAGGGUUUGUGUCUUAAGGGCUCACCCUCGCUGUUAAGACAACUUUUGCAACAAGUUUUGAUUCUCUUUCCACCACUGCUAGAGGGACAGGCACUCACAUGCCAACUGAAAUACAAGUAAAUGGUUGUGCCUUCAGGACAGCGAUGGGGCUCCCCAGAUGUUCAUAGACUCCUAGUCCUCCUGGGCUGAUGUAGUGGGGAAAACAUUGAAAGCAACUUAUUACAGUGGUUCUGGGAUGCGGGUGGUGCUGUGGUCUAAUCCACUGAGCCUCGGAAGGCCGGCUGUUUGGAUCCCCGUGACAGUGUCAGCUCCCGUUGCUCGGUCCCAGCUCCUGCCAACUUAGCAGUUCGAAAGCACGCCAGUGCAAGUAGAUAAAUAGGUACCACUGUGGCAGGAAGGUAAACGGCGUUUCCGUGCGCUCUGGUUUCCAUCACGGUGUCCUGUUGUGCCAGAAGCGGUUUAGUGCUGCUGGCCACAUGACCCGAAAAGCUGUCUGUGGACAGACACCAUCUCCCGCGGCCUGAAAAGCGAGAUGAGCGCUGCAACCCUAGUUGCUUUUGACUGGACUUAACCACUCAGGGGUCCUUUACCUUUUUACAUUGGUUCUGUUCUUACCUUCAAGGUUGUGUUGCGAGAGUGCCAUUGGAUGAACGCUCCUCAGCCCCAUGGCACUUGGGCUGCAGGGUUCUGUCCUCUCCCCUGUACUAUUUUAGCAUCUUUACCAGGGUGGUCUAACAUGCAGCCUUUUUGGUGGACCUUGGCAACAUUCGAUACCCCUCCACAGCCCUCGUGCCGAGUUAAAGGCCACAGAAAUAGUAAUCAGCAUGCAGCUACCAGUUGAGGAACUGACAGGGCUUUAGAAUAUGAAGGAAAUGCUCUCCUCCCUUUCUCCCCAGACCUGGUUGGAUAUAUGGAAGGCAAACAGGGAUCCCCUAAGUACACCUUGUGGUUAUGCUUUGGGGAAGAUUGGCCAGACACCCGCCGGCCCUGGAAGAAAAAACUGCUCAUGGUGGAAGUAAGUACUUCUGUCCCUUUCCAUGCUUUGCUUAAGCACCGUCCAAUAUGCUGCUCUCUUUUCCGCAGCUCAGAAGCAAAUAUCUACAAGUGCUGCCUCCAACUGAUUUAACACAGCUGAUUCGCUGCAACCAGGGUUGCUCAUGCAUGGUUUGAAAAGUGGGGUAUACUUUUAGUCUGUUAUUGGGGGGCAUCUAUGAGCUGGGGUGGAAGGAAGACCUGGAGAUUAAUUCUGCCACAGUCAUUGCUUGGAACAUGUCCUCCUGCACCAUCUUCCUCCUGUUUAUUCCAAACCUGGUGUGCAUCUGAGGUACUCACAAAAAGGCUAUCCCAUCAUACUUUGACCCAGGCAUAAAGAUAACUAAAGCAGAUAUCGUUAACGCACCUUGAGAAGCUUUACCACAGGCUUCCUCAACCUCUGCCCUCCAGAUGCUUUUGGCCUACAACUCCCAUGAUCCCUAGCUAGCAGGACCAGUGGUCAGGGAUGAUGGGAAUUGUAGUCUCAAAAAACGUCUUGGAGGGCCAAGGUUGAGGAAGCCUGUUUUACCACUUAGGACAGAGCAAUGUUGACAUGAGCAAUUAAAGUUCCUUUGUCUGAGGAUUCACUAUGGGACCUGUGGACCUCCAGAUGUUGUUUGACUACAGUCCCCAUCAGCCACAGGCAACAAAAGCCAGUGGUCAGGGAUGAUAGGAUUUGUAGUCCAGCAACAUCUGGAGGACUACAGGUUUCCCCUCCCUGCUUUAUUGUGUAUGAGAGAAGAGGGAAAUAAGGAUAUUGGCUAGGGUGAUACAUGCAUCAUUUUUGAAUCAAAGCACAUAAGAAAAUCUUUACAACUGUCUUAUACACAGGCGGGAUUAUGUAAAACUAAGAUUGACUGACUGUGAUUUCUUGAAUUGAGUAAUAGGUCCAUUAAGUCUUGUAAGUAUCUUAAAAAUCAAAGCCUCAGACUCCCUCUGCUUAAGCUAGAGAAUAAGAUUAUUCAGUGGUAAGGGUAAAAGCAGUGAUGUCAUGCAAACCAGCUUGGGGGUGUGGGAGAACUGGAAUUGGGAGUCCUAACAAACAUGCGAAGGACCACAGGUCCCAUCUGUUAGGACUCCCAAUUCCAGUUCUCCCACACCCCCUGCAACAGAUAGUUUACAUCAUCUACAGCUUUCAUAGGGACUUACCUUUUUGCAAAAUUGGAUACCUGAUCAACUGUGGGUACUUCUUUAGCUGAUAAAUAUGUACAGUGGUGCCUCGGUUUAAGAACAAUUUGGUUCACAAGCUCCACAAAACCGGAAAUAGUGUCUUGGUUUCAGAACUUUACCUCAGUCUAAGAAUGGAAUCCGAACGGUGGAAGGCCUCAUUAGCGAAAGCGUACCUUUGUUUAAGAAUGGCUUUGGUUUAAGAACGGACUUCCGGAACAGAUUAAGUUCAUAAACUUGUAUAUAUACAGUGGUACCUCGGGUUAAGAACUUAAUUCGUUCCAGAGGUCUGUUCUUAACCUGAAACGGUUCUAAAUCUGAGGCGUGCUUUCCCUAAUGGGGCCUCCUGCUGCCGCUGGCACGCGAUUUCCGUUUUUAUCCUGGGGCAAAGUUCUUAACCUGGAGCAACCACUUCCUGGUUAGCAGAGUUUGUAACCCGAAGUGUCUGUAACCUGAAGUGUCUGUAACCCAAGGUACCACUGUAUGUCCAUUAAUCAGCAAAACUUUGUAGCCAAAGUCUGUUUUCACUGCAGUGGGCAGAGCGGUUCCCUCUAAGGUAGCCUAGCCCUCCCUCCUUUUAUGUAGCCCUGGGGAUAAAGUGGGAAAAUGCUAUAGUCUCUGCCCUGCCACACACGGUAGGCAGUUCUAAGAACUAAAUGAACGGAACACAAGUAGCAGCAACUGUUUUGUUCUCGUUCUCUCCCCACUUCCCUUUUUACAGGUCAUCCUUAAGACACUGGAAGGUCUCUACGAGUUGAGCCAGUCCAGCGGGGCCUCCUCAUUAAAGGGAGCAGAGCCGGACCUAAGGAUAUCGGAUUCGCUGCAAGGAUCCUUUCUGAACCAACUGAGAGAAUGGCGAGAGAAGAUGGAGGUGCAGUUUAAUUAG